AUGGGUAUGGGAAAUGAAGCAAGUUAUGCAGAAGACGGCCCAUAUGAAGAGAACAUUCUUGGAGGAGACUUUGGGUCAACUGAAAUACCGGAGAAUUUGAUGGAAGAACCCAAUGAAGAGCAGUAUGAAGAAAGAGUGUUUGAAGAUUUUGAAGCCGCCAAUCAACCACUAUAUGAUGGAUGUGUUGAAGGUAUUUCUCAACUAUACUUGGCAUCUCGUUUAAUGAAAGUAAAAAUUGAUCAAAAUUUGGCGGGGUCAUGUAUGGAUGAGAUAUCACAAACUUUUAGAGAUGUUUUGCCACAACCAAAUAUAGCUCAUGGGUCAUAUUAUGAGAUGAAGAAGCUGACGAAAUCGCUUGGUCUCCCUGUUGUCAAGAUCGAUAUUUGUGAGGAUAAUUGCAUGUUAUUUUGGAAAGAAGAUAGCGGGCUGUUGGCGUGUCGGUUUUGUGGGAAAGAUAGAUAUCACAAGAACCAUGGAAAGGGGAAGAGACGUCCAAAACAGAGAAUGUUCUAUUUGCCUAUUACAGAGAGGUUGAAGCGUUUGUACCAACAAGAGUCUACUGCAUCACAAAUACGAUGGCACGCAGAACAUGAGUCGCCAGAAGGAGAAAUGCACCACCCUUCUGAUGCUGCAGCAUGGAAGCAUUUUAACAAGGUAUAUCCUGAUUUUGCAGAGGAAAGUCGAAAUGUUUAUCUAGGAUUAGCAACAGAUGGAUUUAAUCCAGUGGGUAUGAGCGGAGAAGCCCACUCGGUCUGUCCCGUCAUCGUAACCCCGUAUAACCUACCUCCUGGUAUGUGUAUGAAAAGAGACUAUUUCUUUUUAUCAGUACUAGUUCCUGGGCCAAGGCAUCCAAAGAAGAGCAUUGAUAUUUAUAUGCAGCCGUUAAUUGAAGAACUAAAAAGUUUGUGGAGCGAUGGAGUUGAAGCAUAUGAUGUCUCGAAGAAGCAAAAUUUUACGAUGCGAGCCGCACUAAUGUGGACAAUUAAUGACUUUCCCGCUUACGGCAUGAUGUUUGGAUGGAUGAUUCAUGGCCGGUUAGCUUGUCCAUAUUGUCUUGAUGAUACAAAGUCUUUUUGGUUGCAACAUGGAAGGAAGCAUAGCUGGUUUGACUGCCAUAGAAUGUUCCUGCCUAAGGAGCAUCCUUACAGAAGAAAUGUCCAAGCUUUUCGAAAGGGGCAGACAAUAACUGAUGAUCCUCCACCAUGGUUAACGGGAGAAGAAAUUCUCCGCGAAAGAAUCAACAACAUCGAAGGAGUGAAAAAAACAGUAGAUUGUGAGGUAAUGGACAUGAUAAACCUGCGAGCACCAUAA